UUAAAGAGAUAGCCGACCAAAUUAAAUAUUCAGGAACAGGAGGAGAAAAUUACACAGCCCAAACCAUUGUCGAACCAGGAGAAGGAAUUACAAUUAAUAUCCCCUAUACAGCCAGCCAAAGAGGAUAUUCCCACUCCACUUUUAUCCGUUUAACUAAUUCAAGUGUCAUGGAUGAUUUUAAAAAUGCUGUGGUUAGUUCUAGUGGUUGUAAUGCUGGUGGCCUCCAUUAUAGUUCCAGUCAAGGUUUUUGUUGGGGUUGCACUUAUGAUGAAUUAAAAAAACACAAUUUCGUCCAAACCAAAUUUACUCCCUCGGCUAAUUGCUCCGUGUUAUUAAAAUUAGAUGUCAGUUCUAGUGAAAUUAAGGAUUUAGACUUAAAAGCAGGAGUAGAAUAUACUGUGACUAUCACCGAAACUCAAUUUAUUUUUAAAGAACAAGACCGAACCAAAAUUGUUAUUCAAAAACAACCAGGACACGAUAAUUUUGAUAAUCUCGAUUGA